GCGCUCCUUCCAAUGAGCAGAGAGAAACGCACGUCCUUGCGGAAGUGACGGCAGUUCCGAGACCAGUGGGGGCGGUGGGAGCGAUGAGGUUCUGAGACGGUGGGAGCGGUUGUGUGAAGAUGGAGUUUCCCGGAGGAAAUGACAAUUACCUGACUAUCACAGGGCCUUCGCACCCCUUCCUGUCAGGGGCCGAGACAUUCCAUACACCAAGCUUGGGUGAUGAGGAAUUUGAAAUCCCACCUAUCUCCUUGGAUUCUGAUCCCUCAUUGGCUGUCUCAGAUGUGGUUGGCCACUUUGAUGACCUGGCAGACCCUUCCUCUUCACAGGAUGGCAGUUUUUCAGCCCAGUAUGGGGUCCAGACAUUGGACAUGCCUGUGGGCAUGACCCAUGGCUUGAUGGAGCAGGGCGGGGGGCUCCUGAGUGGGGGCUUGACCAUGGACUUGGACCACUCUAUAGGAACUCAGUAUAGUGCCAACCCACCUGUUACAAUUGAUGUACCAAUGACAGACAUGACAUCUGGCUUGAUGGGGCAUAGCCAGUUGACCACCAUUGAUCAGUCAGAACUGAGUUCCCAACUGGGUUUGAGCUUAGGGGGUGGCACCAUCCUACCACCUGCCCAGUCACCUGAAGAUCGUCUUUCAACCACCCCUUCACCUACUAGUUCACUUCACGAGGAUGGUGUUGAGGAUUUCCGGAGGCAACUUCCCAGCCAGAAGACAGUGGUGGUGGAAGCAGGGAAAAAGCAGAAGGCCCCAAAGAAGAGAAAAAAGAAAGAUCCUAAUGAACCUCAGAAACCAGUUUCAGCAUAUGCUUUAUUCUUUCGUGAUACACAGGCUGCCAUCAAGGGACAGAAUCCUAAUGCCACUUUUGGUGAGGUUUCAAAAAUUGUGGCCUCCAUGUGGGAUAGUCUUGGAGAGGAGCAAAAACAGGUAUAUAAGAGGAAAACUGAGGCUGCCAAGAAAGAGUAUCUGAAGGCACUGGCUGCUUACAAAGACAACCAGGAGUGUCAGGCCACUGUGGAAACAGUGGAAUUGGAUCCAGCACCACCAUCACAAACUCCUUCUCCACCUCCUAUGGCUACUGUUGACCCAGCAUCUCCAGCACCAGCUUCAAUAGAGCCCCCUGCCCUGUCCCCAUCCAUUGUUGUUAACUCCACCCUUUCAUCCUAUGUGGCAAACCAGGCAUCUUCUGGAGCUGGGGGUCAGCCCAAUAUCACCAAGUUGAUUAUUACCAAACAAAUGUUGCCCUCGUCCAUUACUAUGUCUCAAGGAGGGAUGGUUACUGUUAUCCCAGCCACAGUGGUGACCUCCCGGGGGCUCCAGCUAGGCCAAACCAGUACAGCCACUAUCCAGCCCAGUCAACAAGCCCAGAUUGUCACUCGGUCAGUGUUGCAGGCAGCAGCAGCAGCAGCUGCUGCUGCUUCUAUGCAACUGCCUCCACCCCGACUACAGCCCCCUCCAUUACAACAGAUGCCACAGCCCCCAACUCAGCAGCAAGUUACCAUUCUGCAGCAGCCUCCUCCACUCCAGGCCAUGCAACAGCCUCCACCUCAGAAAGUUCGAAUCAAUUUACAGCAACAGCCGCCUCCUCUGCAGAUCAAGAGUGUGCCUCUACCCACUUUGAAAAUGCAGACUACCUUAGUCCCACCAACUGUGGAAAGUAGUCCUGAGCGGCCUAUGAACAACAGCCCUGAGGCCCAUACAGUGGAGGCAACUUCUCCUGAGACUAUCUGUGAGAUGAUCACAGAUGUAGUUCCUGAGGUUGAGUCUCCGUCUCAGAUGGAUGUUGAAUUGGUGAGUGGGAGUCCUGUGGCACUCUCACCCCAGCCUCGAUGUGUGAGGUCUGGUUGUGAGAACCCUCCCAUUGUGAGUAAGGACUGGGACAAUGAAUACUGCAGCAAUGAGUGUGUGGUGAAGCACUGCAGGGAUGUAUUCUUGGCCUGGGUAGCCUCUAGAAAUUCAAACACAGUACUGUUUGUGAAAUAGUCCUUCCUGUUCUCCAAGCCAGUGAAGAGUUAUCUGCUGGGAACAUGUCCGAGAGCCUGUUUUUGAAACAUAAGCUGGGCUUCUGGUAGUGCCUGAUCACAACCCAUGAUGGCCGUUCAUGUUUCACCCCUUUUCCUUCGUCAGAGGCCAGGCUAUGGAGCAGAGCCACUGAAUUUGCUGCAAUCUGGAGAUGCUUUUUAUUUUCAACCACAAGCAGAAAUACCAGUGGUAAUAGCAGAGGAAAGGGUGAAGGGAGUAUGGGCAAGCAAAGCAUAGAUAUGGUAGGGGUGGUUGGGGUUGAAGAAACUUGUUGGUAUAAUUGUCAUAGGACUUGCCUAAAAUAUUAUUAAAAUUACAGGAGUGUACUCAGCUUUGAGCCUAGGAGAAAACGCCACUGUGUGUAUCCGUUUUAAAAGGGCUAAGAGAUUCUAUUAAAGGUUCCCUCAUAAAAAAAUGUUAUUCCCCAUUAUCACAUCAAUACACUGCUUUGAGAACAAAACUUUUCAACACAGGCACACUGCGCCACAUGGAAAAUGACAUCACCCAGGAGUUUAUUUCUCUUUAUAUAUAUUAUUUCUGCAGUUACCAUCCUUAUCUGAGUUAUCACAGUUCAUGAAUCUAAGAGGCAAAACUACAUCGUUAGUAAGAGGUUUUACCAAAGUCUAAAGUUGUAUUCACUUGUGUUUGAUGAAAUAUCUUCAAAAGACCAUAGAUCUAUCAUUAUUUCUUGGACAUAAUCUAAAGAAAAACAGAUUAGAAAAGCCACCUAGUUGUAACAGAAUAAGCAGAAGUUUACAGCAUGAUAGUCCAAGUGGUGAUAACUUUAAAUAAAACUCAAAUUUUUACUGUCUGUAAAACAGGAAACGCUGUCCUAGAGAACCUCCUCAUCAACCAACCAUGUACAUAGUUUUAUCCUAUGCAUUCCUGUUUUCUGGGGGGGGGGGGGGGGGGUGUUUGGGUGUUUGUUUUGUUUUGUUUUUUUUUUGAGACAGCCUCACUCUGUCACCCGGGCUGGAGUGCAGUGGUGCGAUCUCAGCUCACGGAACCUCUGCCUCCCAGGUUCAAGCAAUUCUCGUGCGUCAGCCUCCAGAGUAGCUGGGAUUACAGGCACCUGCCACUACGCCCAGCUGAUUUUUUGUAUUUUUAGUAGAGACAGGGUUUCACCAUGUUGGCCAGGCUGGUCUUGAACUCCUGACCUUAUGAUCUGCCCACCUCGGCCUCCCAAAGUGCUGGGAUUACAGGUGUGAGCCUCUGCACCCAGCCUGCAUUCCUGUUUUUUUAAUGAUUUUGGAGAGUGGGGGUAGAGAUGGGGUCUCACUAUUUUGCCCAGGCUAGUCUUGAACUCCUGGGCUACAGUUAUCCUCCUACCUUGGCUUCCCAAAGUGCUGGGAUUACAGGUGUGAGCUACUGUGCCUAGCCUAUAAUGAUCAUUUUAAUGUUUCCCAUGCACUCAUUUAGUUUGAACCCUCACAGCAACCCAAUGAGGUAAUACUUCCAUUUCACAUAUAAGAAAUACUGAGAGAUGAGUUGCACAAGAUUACACCCUGUUAAGUGGCAGAGCCAGAAUGGACUUCAGAAUCCCAACUACAAUACAAAUGUUUAUUUAAAUAAAGAAGAAAGCUAUUGUACAAAUAUCACUCUUCAGAACCAUGGCUAUGGAUUCUUAGCUCUGUAAGGAAGUACUUCUAUAAAUUCUUAGGUUUAGAGAUGAUACCAUCUGGGUACCUUUGCUUGAACCGUGCAACCACAUCUGGGUCUAGCAGGUGGAUCCCAUCCAGUUGGUUUCCAAGGGUGAUCCUGAAAUGGGAAAAGGAGGGGCAAACCAGAAAUCCUGGAAUUAGAGGGUUUAAUAUUGUUAAAAAAUGUAUACCAAAUGAAGACUGCCUAUCAUCAUAUCAAAUAUGCCAAUUCUUCUAAAAAGAACAUUAGAAUAGUAUAUGGCAGAAUGACUAGUUGAGAAUUGGCAUAGAUUCUGGUGUUAAAAUAGACUGGAUCUGUAUUAUCUGAGGGUUAGUAACUAAGGCUUAGGCCUGCUUCACAGAGUUGCUGCUACCAGGGAGUACUCUUUGGAUAAGCAAAAUGCUAGCAGCAUGUGUUUUAAGCUCUAUUAAAGGGAUGAAAGAUAUAAUUAUUGACAGAUUAAAUAGAUAACUUCAUAACCACCAGGGGGCAGAUUCAAUAUAUCACAGAAUGGCUGAGGAAGAUCCUUAGAUUGUGAAGAGAACAGAAACCCUAGGGAGCAGUGCUUUGGGUCCUAGAACCUGUUGAGUUUCUAAUGAAUAUUUGUAGAAUCUCAUAAAACAGUUUAAAUACAAGCUUAAGUGGUUUAUGAAUCCUCUGAAGCUCAUUUAUGGACUAGUGGAAUACAGUGUGAAGCUCUACUAAGUUAUGCCCUUAAUCAUAAGUAAUAGCCCCUUGAGGACUAGCCUGUUCUCUGGUCACCUUACCAGUUGGGUUGCACAUUGUGUGGUCGUCCAAAUAACUCAAUCUUGCGAGUGCCGGGAGAUAGUCUUUCAAUCAUGCCAUAGAUUUCAUCUGGUUUAUGACUGGUGGAACGAACCUAGGAAAUAAAAACUAGCUGCUUUUUAAGUUA